AAAUUUGUUCAUUGUAUUUUGCAAAAUUUUCUCCCUUUUGACCGGUAGCGAUAUUCGAUGGACAAAUUUAUACACAAGGUCACCUUGAAGUGUUACUUAAAUUCAAGUGAAAUAGAAGGUCUCACUAUACUUCGGUUCUAUCGUUAUUUUUUAAAUAUAUUUAAAAAAAUAAAAAUAUGGGAGGAAGAUGGUCAAACAUGGAUCCUUCAGAAGUCGAUGUUCCAGAAAUAAAUGCUUUAUUAGAAAGAGAUCCUUACUUAAAACCUUAUGAACAUGAGAUUCGCAAAAGGUAUGCAUUAUUUAAAGAUUAUGUAGAAGAAAUAGAAACUGGUGAUCGUACUUUGGAUAAAUUUUCAAGAAGUUACAAAAUUUUUGGAAUUCAUAUAAAUGAAGACAAUAGUGUUACUGCAAGAGAAUGGGCACCUGGUGCACAAGAAUUAUUUUUAACAGGGGAUUUUAAUAAUUGGAAUAAAACAGCAAAUUCAUAUAAAAAAUUAGAUUAUGGAAAAUGGGAAUUACAUUUACCUCCUAAUGCUGAUGGUACUUGCCCUAUAAAACAUCUUUCAGAACUCAAAAUAAUUGUAAAAGAUCAUAAUAAUGGAUUAUUGGAAAGAUUGAGUCCUUGGGCUACAUAUGUUACACAAAAUCGUUCAGAAAGUGUUACAUAUAAACAACGUUUAUGGUAUCCACUACCUGAAAAUGUUUACAAAUUUAAACAUCCCAAACCAAAAAAACCAGAAAGUCUCAGAAUUUACGAAUGUCAUGUUGGUAUUGCCACUCAAGAAUUAAAAGUUGGCACAUAUUUAGAAUUUGCAGAAAAAAUAAUUCCUCGUAUUGUAAAACAAGGCUAUAAUACUAUACAAUUGAUGGCUAUUAUGGAACAUGCUUAUUAUGCAAGUUUUGGAUAUCAGGUGACUUCAUUUUAUGCUGCCUCAUCUCGUUAUGGCACACCAGAAGAAUUGAAACACUUAAUAGAUGUAGCCCAUCAAUAUGGUUUAUAUGUCUUAUUAGAUAUAGUGCAUUCACAUGCAUCAAAGAAUACAUUAGAUGGAUUAAAUAUGUUCGAUGGUACUGAUGCUUGUUUCUUCCACACUGGUAAUCGUGGUCAACACCCACUUUGGGACAGCAGACUUUUUAAUUAUGGAGAAUACGAAGUGUUGCGAUUUUUAUUAUCUAAUUUACGUUGGUAUAUUGAAGAAUAUAAUUUUGAUGGAUUUAGAUUUGAUGGAGUUACAUCAAUGUUAUAUCAUUCAAGAGGAUUUGGUCAAGGUUUUAGUGGCCAUUAUGAGGAGUAUUAUGGUCUUAAUGUUGAUGUUGAAGGUGUAGUAUAUUUAAUGCUUGCAAAUCAUAUGCUACAUUAUUUAUAUCCAGAAAUCAUUACGAUAGCUGAAGAUGUCAGUGGAAUGCCUGGAGUUUGCAGGCCAAUCUCUGAAGGUGGUUUAGGAUUUGAUUAUCGAUUAGCUAUGGCUAUUCCUGAUAAAUGGAUUAAACUUUUAAAAGAAGUAAAAGAUGAAGAUUGGAAAGUUGGAGAUAUUUGUUGGACAUUAAUGAAUCGAAGAUGGAUGGAAAAAGCAGUAGCUUAUUCAGAAUCUCAUGAUCAGGCUCUUGUAGGUGAUAAAACAAUUGCAUUUUGGCUGAUGGACAAAGACAUGUAUACCCAUAUGAGUACAAUGAGUCCACCUAACCCGAUUAUAAAUCGCGGAAUUGCUCUUCAUAAUCUCAUUAUGUUAAUCACACAUGCAUUAGGAGGCGAAGCUUAUUUAAAUUUUAUGGGUAAUGAAUUUGGACAUCCUGAAUGGUUGGAUUUUCCACGAGCUGGUAACGCAGAUAGUUACCAUUAUGCUAGGAGACAGUGGAAUUUGGUAGACGAUGAGUUACUAAAAUACAAAUUUAUGAACAAUUGGGAUAGAGCUGUAAAUACUCUUGAAGAAAAAUAUGGAUGGCUACACGCUCAGCCUGCAUAUGUAAGUUGGAAACACGAAGAGGACAAAGUAAUUGUUUUCGAUCGAGCAGACCUUAUAUUUGUGUUUAAUUUUCAUCCAGUCAAAUCAUUUGCUGAUUAUACUAUUGGAGUAAAAACUGCAGGAACUUACAAAAUUCUCCUAUGUAGUGAUGACAAAGAUUUUGGUGGAGAAAGCCGUGUUGAUACUAAUAUACAACAUUUUACCAAACCAGAACCAUAUUCUGAUUAUUCAAAUAAUAUGAUGAUUUACAUUCCUUGUCGCACAGCUAUUAUUUAUAUUCGAGAAACUUAAGUGCUUUUAUUGUAAGUUUUUGUCUUAUAGACAUGGGCAAAAGAAGAAUUGAUUUUAGAAUGCUAUGUAUAAAUAAAUAUUAUUUUUCCUACCAAAGUUUAGAAGAAUAUAUAGCAUUAAGUAAAAGAAAACUAAGUAGUACAUAUUUAAUAUAUAUAAAGUUUAAAACUUUGUAAAGAAUUAAUAUCAAAUUAUUUAAAAAAGAAGUACAAAUCAACAUUCGUGAUAUUUUAAAAUAGAAA